AUGGCAAUAAACACACAUGUUUCCACUGAUCAGCCAGCUGCAUUGUCAAGAGAUCGCCUUCUAUUUGUUUACAAUGCUGAUUCUGGUUUUUUGAAUAUGCUGAAAGACUGGACUCAUAAGAUUGUAAGUCCUUCGACCUACGAUUGUCAGUUAUGUGCACUAACAUAUGGUAAUACAGGAAUGCGAAAAAAAUGGCAUACUUUUAUUUCGAAUUUAUCUUUUGAUACAAUAUUUUUACAUCGUGACGAGCUCGGCAAACAAUAUCCCAGCUUAAUAAACACACCAUUACCUUGCAUCUUUCUUGAGAAAAAAAUUGACAAAAGUGUCCAACUUGUAUUAGACGCUGAAACAAUAAAUAAACAACAAACUCUUGAUCAACUGAUUGCUGUCUGCAGUCAAUCGAUAGAUACGCACAUGCACAUUGAACCUUAA